AUCUAUAAAUGUUUACACAAGGUAGUAGUCAUUAGCACUCAACUUAAACUCUUUUAGUAACAAUGGUUUCUUCUUCUUUAACCAAGCUUGUGUUCUUUGGUUGUCUCCUCCUGCUCACAUUCACGGACAACCUUGUGGCUGGAAAAUCUGGCAAAGUGAAGCUCAAUCUUUACUACGAAUCACUUUGUCCCGGUUGUCAGGAAUUCAUCGUCGAUGACCUAGGUAAAAUCUUUGACUACGAUCUCUACACAAUCACUGAUCUCAAGCUGUUUCCAUUUGGUAAUGCCGAACUCUCCGAUAAUCUGACUGUCACUUGCCAGCAUGGUGAAGAGGAAUGCAAACUAAACGCCCUUGAAGCUUGCGCAUUAAGAACUUGGCCCGAUCAGAAAUCACAAUACUCGUUCAUACGGUGCGUCGAAAGCGAUACGAAAGGCUGGGAAUCAUGUGUUAAAAACUCUGGACGUGAGAAAGCAAUCAAUGAUUGUUACAAUGGUGAUCUUUCUAGAAAGCUGAUACUUGGGUACGCAACCAAAACCAAGAAUUUGAAGCCGCCACAUGAAUACGUACCAUGGGUCACACUCAACGGCAAGCCACUCGAUGACAGCGUACAAAGUACGGAUGAUCUCGUAGCUCAAAUCUGCAAUGCAUACAAAGGAAAGACUACUCUCCCAAAAGUUUGCAAUUCAUCCGCCUCAAUGUCUAAGUCGCCUGAGAGGAAAUGGAAGCUUCAAGUCUCUUAUGCCAAUAAAGCUACCAAUUAUUAAGUUAACUAUCAAACUUCGUAUUGAACUAAGAUGGAUUUAAGCUUUAUGUUAUAAGUGGAAUGAUGAAUAAAGGCCUGUUCUAAACUUUUAUGGUUACGAAUUGAUGUAUUAAAAAAGAACAUGAAAAACGCCUGAACUGAACUACAAGUAUUUUAUAUGACGUCUUAUCGACGAAAGUGUUAUGUAACUCGGUUUAUCAACCACACUUUUUUUUUUUUAACUUCUUUUUGGGACAUGACUUGAGUCGCAAAAAGUUAAAAUCACGGACGAAAACAGAGAAGCAUAAGAGCUUGAACCCAGUUGGAGUCCAAAAGAAAACACCAUGAAACGUAAAGUGUAUAAUGUAA